GGGCACAGUGCUGCUGAACCGCGGCCACCAUUGACCGCCGUGCCCUUGGCCGCCUGUCCCACCAGCGGCCUGUGAAGGACCGACAGGGGAGCAGCCAGGGGCAGUGCUGCACCGAGGUGCAAAGAGCUGUUCACUCCCUGCUGACAACGGAGUGAUCGGCCCUCCGUACUCGGCACUGCUGAGACCACACCUCAAGUACUGCCUUCAGCAGGCUCUCCUGGCCCCCUCACUCCAGAAUGGGCAUUGAGGUGCUGGAGCGUGUCCAGAAAAGAGUAACAAGGCUCGGGAAAGGUCCAGAAAACUUGUCUAGAACGGGUGAGGGACUUGGGAUUGUUUUGUCGCAAGAAGAGCAGGUGCGUGGGGGAUCUCAUCGCUCUCAACAACUGCAUGAAAGGAGAUCAAAGUGAAGAGGGGACGGGUCUCUUGUGUGGCUACAGAGAGGACAAGAGGAAAUGAUCUAAACCUGAGACAGGGGUGACUCAGAUAUUAAAAAUAUAUUUACUGUUAAGGUGGUCAGGUGUUGGAAUAGGUGACCCAGGAACGUGGUGGAGUCACCACCCCAGAAGUGUUGAAGAUACAUCAGGAUCUGGUGCUGGGUGAUGUGGUUUAGUGGUUACAGUGAUAGCGUUGGGUGGAUGGUUGGACUUGACGUUCUUAAAGGUCUCUUCCAACCUUGAUGAUUGUGUAAUUGUGUUGGUGUGUGCCCACCAGUGUGCAAUAUGCAAUGACACUGGAUGAGUGGUGCUAUAGUACUGGCAGUGGAGUAGUCAACCAAGCAGUGGCCUCACAGCAAAAGUACAUCAUCUGGAUGUUAGGGUAUAAGGGUAUUAGUCACUGAGAGCUAAGCACAUGCAGAAUAAGGAAGAGGUAAGGGUACGCUAGUCCUCAGGACCUUAACAGAAAAUUAUGUUUUAAGCCUUGUAGGAAAGGGGACUUUAUUUCUUCUAUAACUCCCUGGCUUGGGAUGGCUAGGAGGUCUUGUCUGUCACGGUCCUAAAGCAAAACCACUGAAAGACUCUGCUCCAUUCUAGUGAGACUACAUCCAGAGACCUGCGUCCAGCUCUGAGGUCUUCAACACAGCAAAGACAUAAACCCAUUGGAGCAGGUCUAGAGGGAGGCCAAGAAAAUGAUCAGAGGGAUGAGAGCUUCUCUUCCUAAGAAAGGCUGAGAGGGUUGGGCCUGAAGAACAUUUUGAGCAGACCUUAUUGUGAUCUUUCAAUACUUAAAGGAGGCUUUUAAGAGAGCUAGAGACAGACUUUUUAGUAGGGCUUGUAGUUACAAGACAAAGGGUAAUGGUAGAUUUAGACUAGAUAUAAGGAAAAAAAGUUCUGUUAUGAGGCUGGUGAAGCACUGUAACAGGCUAUCCAGAAUGGUGGCAGAUGCCCCAUCCCUGGAAACACUCAAGGUCACAUUGGACAGGGCUCUGAGCAAUCUGAUCUAGUUGAAAAUGUCCCUGCUCAUUGCAGGUGGGUUGGGCUAGAUGAUCCUGAAGAGUUCUUUCCAAUCCAAACUAUUCUCUGAUUCUCUGACCUCUUUGGGCUCUCUUAGCCAUUGUGUGCAUGUACACAGUGCCCUGCAGAGAACUGUUUGAAUCCUGUGUGUGUAGCUAAUCCCAGCUAUUCUGGUCCCAGUGUCUAGUAUUACGAGUGGAGGUAGGGGAUGUCAGAGAGCAGCACGCUGCAGAGGCAGCACAGUGCAUCUAUCGUCUGCCUGUGGCUUUUGGGGCAGGCACACAGUGCAGCUGCAUAGUAACACUACCUGCAUGGAGAAAAUACAGUGGAGAGCACAUCAAUUGCAAGCUGGUUUUGUUCAAUUCAUAGGGUCAGGUGCUAUCACCUGAUUUGUUCAAGUUUGUGCCUGUGACAUGUCCUUGCCUGAAACUCAUACUAAUGGAUCCUGAGUACUGAGUGACUCUAAGAUUUGCAUUUGGAAUGCAAUGUGGAAAUAAAAUUUUUACUGAAAUGCUUCCAGCUUUAAGAGUGUCAGACAAAGCUCUGGAGAGACAGGAGGUGUGCUAUUUUCAGCCACGUUCCGGUGAGAGAUCCAUCAUGUAUGCGGGGGGGCACAGAGGGUGAGAUUGACAUGACACGUGUGUAGGACAACUCUGGCCCCUUACCAAGGGCAGAAUCAAAUGUCUAAUCAUAGGCAGAGCAGCAGCUGAGAGUCCAGAAGAGCAGUGAGGGCUGGGCUUGACAGUCUCAACUCUUGUGUGUGUGUGAACUUCAAGGAGAAAGCGAGCAGAGGGCCUUGAGGGGACUGGAGAGUGGUGGUGUGAAUUGUGAAUAUGGGAAUAGAAGAUUCUGCCUAUUAAGAACUGGAGUCUGUACUGAAAUUGUGAAGACAAAAUACCUAAAGCACAGAAAUCAUGGGAGCUGAAGAAGAAAUGCUCAUCACUCUGUCUGGAGGUGCCCCCUGGGGCUUCCGCCUGCAAGGGGGUUCAGAGCAGAAAAGACCCCUUCAAGUGUCAAAGAUUCGAAAGAGAAGCAAAGCAUGCCGUGGAGGCCUGUGGGAAAAUGAUGUUCUAGUAUCUAUCAAUGGGAAGUCAUGUGCUGGCCUGUCCCAUGCUAAUGCCAUGCAGAUCAUCGAUUCCUCCAAUGGCAUGCUCAACAUCCGCGUCAAAAGGAUAGUUGGUGGGGAGCAGACUGGCCCGUGGCUCCAGCGUUCCCCUUCUCCAGGGCAGCGAGUGCUCUCUCCACCAUCCCAGCUCAGCUCCGAACCAGCAGGAGCCCCAGCCACCCCGCAGCCCUCACAGCCAUGGAGGUCCCAGAGGCAGCUGGAGAGCCUCACGUCCCCACCGGACAGCGAGGCCUACUACGGCGAGACAGACAGCGACGCUGACAAUGUGGCGCAGGAGAAGCACCGCCGCGCUCGCAGGAAGAGCCCGCGCUCCCCGCCCGGCAGCACCACCAGCAGGGCGGACGCCCCUCAGGACGAGGUGUCCCUGUCUGAACAGAGUGGCUACGAGAGCACGCCGGAGGCCGCUGCGCAGGGGGGAGCAGAGCUGGCCAGCUCCAGCGGGGUGGCCAAGAGGGAGAUUGUCUGUCUGCCUGGCAGCCGCACAGACACUCCCUUCUCAGACAGCGAGGGACAGCUGCGGCCACCAUCAACAGAGGGACGGGAGCCUUCUCCAGAGGCAAUGCUGCUGCCCCACGGCACCAAGGCUAUCCGAGCAGAACGCCACCUCAUCCCCAUGGUGGGGCCAGUGGAACAUCCCAUUGAUGAAGACCUAACCACCACGUAUACAGAGAAAGCCAAGCAGGCCAAGCUCCAUCGCCACGAAAGCAUCCAGGAGAAGAACGUGAAAGAAGCCAAAACCAAGUGCAGAACCAUUGCGUCCCUGCUGACAGAUGCACCCAACCCCCACUCCAAGGGGGUGCUGAUGUUUAAAAAACGCAGGCAGAGGGCUAAGAAGUACACACUGGUAAGCUUUGGCAGUGUUGAUGAAGACCGCUCCUAUGAGGAGGAAGACGGAGUUUUUCCAACUAGUGAAUCUGAAUUUGAUGAGGAAGGUUUCUCUGAUGCUCGAAGCCUAACGAAUCACUCAGACUGGGACAACACUUACCUAGACAUUGAAAAGUCCAAAUCUGACUCCGAACAGAAGGAAGAGAAGCAAAAAGGUUUGAGUGAGGCCUCAGGUAAAGGAGCACGAUUAUUUGAGCAGCAGAGGGAACGGGCUGGGAAGUACACAGUUGAGAAAACUCCAGUGCAGAAGAGCCCAGAGCUUGCCUCAGCUGCCCAGCCAAAGCAGGGCACAGUGAACGGAGACAUGCCUGUGCCAGAGAAGGCAGACAAUGUGCCCCUCAGCAUCCACCUGGAAGGUGUGCAAGUGCCCAGCAAGCAGCCAGCCACUGUCCCCACUCAGCUCCUGACUGCCCCCAGCCCCACUUUCUUCCCGCCUCCCCCAAGCACCCCCGACCCCUUCUCUGCAAGUUCAACAAGCAUGUUCAACAGGUCUGCACGGCCCUUUACUCCUGGCUUUUCUGGCCAACGUCCAGCAACAUCCUCCGUCAUCUUCAGGCCAUCUGCACCCAAAAAACCCACUGAAAGUCUGGGUGGGCAAAGCCCAGUGGUUCCCCCUUUCUCACCUCUGGUUCCAGGAACACCUGCCAAUGCACCAGUGCCAACACAGCGUGGUCCAGUCAGCUCCUCCACAUCUCUGUAUAUUCCUGCACCAGGAAGACCAACAUCACCACUGGAGUCACAGCCAAAAGCGGGAGGAAGUGCUUCAGAGAUCAAGCCUUCUGCCAACACUGCCCGGACAUCCACCACCUCGAUCUUUUUGUCAACUCCCUCAAAGCCAGGAGGGGAUAUGGCCUCCGCAGGAUCCCAGCCACGAGUCCCUGGAACAGCCUCUUCUUCAUUGUACAUUAGUCCAGCACCAUCACAGCACAUGAGAAGCAGUUCCCCUGCGCCCAAACAGCCUUCUCCUGCCAUCACUCCAGCAAUGCCACGACCUCCAUCGGAUCCCUUAACCUCCAGGGAGCAGAGGAUUGCUGUGCCAGCUCCCCGCACAGGCAUCCUGCAGGAGGCUCGCCGACGGGGCAACAAGAAACCCAUGUUCAGUAAGAUUGAGGAGAAGAAGAAGAAUUCACCCAACCCUGAGCUCCUGUCUCUGGUGCAGAACCUGGAUGAGAAGCCAAAAGGUGACCACCCUGCAGCAGGCUUUGAGUCUGGGCCUGAGGAGGACUUCCUCAGCCUGGGUGCUGAGGCCUGCAACUUCAUGCAGUCCUCAGGCCGCAAGUUCAAGACCCCACCUCCAGUGGCCCCCAAGCCUCAGCAAGAUGCUGGAUUGGUAAAUGGGGCCCAGGACAUGCCUCAGCUUAAAGGCAAAGGGGCAGAGCUCUUUGCCAAACGCCAGAGCCGCAUGGACAAAUUUGUGGUGGAAACAACACCGAAGCCAGAGUACAAGCCCAGGACCCCCUCUCCAUCCCCUUCUCUGCCCUCAUGCUGGAAAUAUUCACCCAACAUCCGGGCUCCCCCUCCAAUAGCUUACAACCCAAUGCAUUCCCCUUUCUACCCCUUGGCAGCCAGCAAAUCUCAGGCUAGCAAAGCAGAGAGCAAGGUGAAAAAGGCACCUGGCCAGAAAUCAGGGAUCAAGGUCAUUGAUUUAAUGCGCCACCAGCCAUAUCAAUUAAAGUCAGCCAUGUUCUGUUUUGGGGAUCCCCCAAGCCCCAGCACUCAGAAUACUCCUGGCCAGCCAACCCCACAGGCUAGCACAUCCUUCACGACAGCCAAGCAGGUCCCUGUGAAAAUGGCCAAGACCCAGGAGAUUCGCCGCUUCUCCACUCCGGCUCCCAUGCCAGCCUCCAGCAGCCUGGCACCCACUGUGCUUGUGCCCCGCUCAGCCACUACGCUGGAUGAGCCACUGUGGAGAACAGAAAUGGCCUCCUCUGCCCCUGCUACACCAGCACCCUUCCAGGUGGAGCUCAGCCCCUCCCCUAAGCCAUAUCAGAGCUCCCCAGAGCCUGGCCAGGUGGGACAGGGACCUCCUCCAAACUCAGCCUCUGCCUCUCGGUUUCAGGUGGCCAGGCCCAAAUUCUCCGCAGCAAGAACAGGCAUGCAGGCCAAUGUGUGGAGGCCAAGUUUUGGCCAUCACUGAGGCAGCCCCCCUCCCAUCCUGUCUAUGGCCCCGCAGAGAUAGCAUUUGUUUUGUCUUUCAUGUCAGCUCAGUACGUUGGGAUGAGUGACAAAAAAUGAAGAAAAAAAAAAUCAAAAAAUUACUGCCCUUCUGCACUGCCCCCUUCCCCAGCCUCCCCUUGGUCUCAGAUGGGAUAAUUCAUGGAAAGGCUUACUGGCUGUGGCUACGGCAGGAGGAAGAAUGUGGAGAGAGGGCACGUGUGUGGUACACAAAAACUGGGAACUUGUACACAGCAGCAAAACCCACUUCCAGAGGGGGUGAAUGGCAGAAGUUAUCUCACAUGGAGACACACAUGAAGCAGUAGUUUUCCUUUCCCAAGGGCUUUGGAGUCACCCUGCAUGGAAGGAAACUAGAGACAAGAGCUUUCCAGGAAGAAAGGGUUAGAGGGGGGAUUACAGAACAGAAGCUCCAGCUUUCCCAUUAGACUGUUGUUCUUUGAUCCUCCCAGUCUGUACACUUGUGUGUGCACACACAUGCACACAGAAACACUCAGCAGGGAGUGAAAGGACAAGUGGAGCCUCACCUGGGACAUUUCUCCCAGAAUUUCCUCUGUGGGAGCAUGGGAAAGAAGGCAAGAGAGCAGAGUGAGCAGUGGUGUUUGCCCAUGUACACAUGGCCUGAGAGUGGCCGUGUGUGCCUGCUCCUCCAAUCACCAGGGCUGGGGGUAAAAGGGAGAGUCAUCCUACCUGGUACUAAAUAUCACUACCAGGUCUGCAAAUAGUUUGCCAAAGAGGGGCUAUGAUGGGACUUGAUGGGGUUAUCACCAACUGUGGGAACUGCAGAAGUAUCCAUUUUUGAGGGUACACAAAGUCAAAGCUAAGCUCAGGCAUCUCUGGUUGGCACAAAGAAAGGCCCUGCAGCAUCAGUCCCAUUGAACAGGAUAUGGAUACUGUAAGUAGAAAGGUGGAUUGCAUGGGAGAAGGUACAUUUGCCUUUAAGUGAGGCAGGACUGAAUAUGCAUUUGUACAUGAUCUUUUUGUUUAGUUUAGGACAGACGUGAGGCAAGAUUAGAAAUGGGUCACAACAUAAAAUUGCUGAAAGCUUUUGAUGGGGGGAAAAUGGAGGGCCUUUACAGACAUUCUCAGCAUGGAAGUGGAAGUCAGGAAAACAGAAAGUCACAAGUAAAACUUCACACAAAAUUACUUAGGUAUUAUUGUGGGCCCUAUUUGGUAAAAACUGAAAUGCUCUGAGAAUCCCAGAUGAUCUGCACUCACACACAUAUAUAGAGUUCAGUUUGCUGAUGAUGCUGGGGAAACAGUACUGGUUAUUCCUUGAAUGUCCCAGGCUAGCCUCCAACUUAUCCCUAUACUACAGGCAUACAGGAAGAAAGCACUGCCUUCCCAAGGAAGAAAUCUGCAUAUUAGUAGGGAGUGUGCAUGUGUGUGUGCAUGUCAUCUGUACUCUGGUUUCCACACCCCCCUGCUUGUGGUCCUCCUUUACCAGCAGCCUCUUUUCCAGUGAGAUCC